UGAAUCUCCUCACUUCUUUACAGUCGCUGCGCUCCUUCCUCUUUCAGUGCUGACGGUAACUCCGUGCGUAAAGCUCCGGAUCACUACAUGGACACCGCGCAGUUUAAACCUCUGAUUCACUUCUCUCAAGACACAAACUGAUGGAAACCAUUCUUCGAGGUCUUCGCGUAAUGACGGGAAACAUUUAGUUAAUUAAAUCCAUUAUUUCUUUUGGGUGUUUUUUGGCAACGACUUCAGCAGUUUCCCCGCUAUCCGCCUAUGCUGAUGCCUCGCACCCGAGCCGCAGCACCAACUCGUUUCAUUUAUGAAAAAGUAAACAAUGUGAGAGGCAAAUGAAGGAUACUGUAAAAGAUCACUGUGGGUGCUUUUGGAUCUAACAGCCGUUGCCUGUCAAACAAAGAUUCAGUCAAACUUAUGGCGUGAAGGGCCCACUCCUGGCCUUUGUCACUCACAGCUAAUGGAUGUCUUAACCCAGUAUGCCUACAAUGACAGUUUCUUUGACAAUGGGACAUUCAACGAAACAGACCGAGAGCAGAAGCACCCGUACAACUACUACGCCAUGCUGCUUACCCUGCUCAUCUUUGUCAUCGUCUUCGGCAACGUGCUGGUGUGCAUGGCUGUAUCCAGAGAAAAGGCUCUACAGACCACCACCAACUACCUGAUCGUCAGCCUGGCUGUCGCUGACCUCCUGGUGGCCACACUGGUCAUGCCCUGGGUUGUCUAUUUAGAGGUAGUGGGAGAGUGGCGCUUUAGCAAAAUCCAUUGUGACAUCUUUGUCACUCUGGAUGUGAUGAUGUGUACGGCCAGCAUCCUCAAUCUCUGCGCCAUCAGCAUUGAUCGUUACACUGCAGUUGCAAUGCCAAUGUUGUACAACACUCGCUACAGUUCCAGGAGACGAGUCACAGUAAUGAUCUCGGUGGUGUGGGUGCUGUCUUUUGCCAUAUCAUGUCCCCUGUUGUUUGGCCUCAAUAACACAGCUACUCGAGAUGAGUCCCUUUGUGUGAUCGCCAACCCAGCCUUUGUGGUGUACUCCUCCAUAGUGUCCUUCUACGUCCCCUUCAUCAUCACUCUGCUGGUUUAUGUGCAGAUUUAUGUGGUCCUGAGGAAGCGCAGGAAACGUGUCAACACCAAACCAAAGCAACGCGUGUGUCAGGCUUCUGACCCUGUGGCCACUUCUCUGAAGGAUAAGUGCACUCAUCCAGAGGAUGUGAGGUUGUGCACCAUGAUUGUUAAAUCUAAUGGGAGUUUCCCUGUCAACAAGAAGAAAGUGAUAUUUAUCAAAGAUGGAGUCCAGGAGGGCGAAGAUCUGGAGCUGGAUGAGCUGAACAGCGGCUGCAGCCAGAAGCAGAAGCAGCAGCCUCAGUGUGCUCUCGGAGACACUCCGGCCACCAGCCACCAGCUACUAAUGCCGAACAAGGCCAACGCCAGCCCCACCUCCAGUCCUCCCACCCCACCUGAAGAGAGCCAGAAAGCAGAAAAGAAUGGAGAUCCCAGCAAAGAGGCCCUGGGGGAUCCAGCACCUGUUGUGAUGAAAGCCUUCCAGACACAGGCGUUACCUAACGGCAAGACUCAAACGUCUGUGAGGACGAUGAGCAAGAGGAAGAUCUCCCAGCAGAAGGAGAAGAAGGCCACGCAGAUGUUAGCCAUCGUCCUUGGUGUAUUCAUCAUAUGCUGGCUGCCAUUUUUCAUUACGCACAUCCUCAACACCCACUGCACAAAAUGCAAGGUCCCCGCUGAGAUGUAUAAUGCUUUCACUUGGCUGGGCUAUGUGAAUAGUGCCGUAAACCCCAUCAUCUACACCACUUUUAAUGUGGAGUUCAGAAAGGCAUUCAUUAAAAUCUUGCACUGCUAAACUGCAUCAUCACCAGUCUGAUCAGACUGAGGGAGGAGCAUCUCUUCUGGCAAAUACCUCAUCCUGUUAAAAGGAAAAGAAUAACGCACCCCAGGGGGAAGCAGCCAUCUGCUUUUUCAAGUUACAGAACUGAGUGACUGAAAAACUGACAGUGUCUUAUUGGAAGGCGUGUUGGCUCUUAAUGUGAAUUGUUUGUGGAGUAAGUGUUCUCCAAUCCGCUGAAUGUAAAACAAGAAAUGUCUGUAACAAUGAGCUGUUCCAUGGAGAAAAGAAAACAUUGUAAUAUUGUUCUUUAAAAUAAUUGUGCUUGUCAUGUGAGGGGCCACCUGUGUAUAAGACACACACAAAACACUAUUUAUUGUGUGUGUAUUUUAUGUUUUGAUGAUGGACAUUUUCUGAAAAUCUUAUAGAUAUCAAGUCAGUGUUCAUUGCAGUAUUAAAACUGAUUUGUGAGCUCUUAAUCUGAAACCUAUCAAUGAUUUGAAUGUGUGUUAAAGAGAUGAUGCUGUAUAAUGUGGCUAUGCCAACAUCCACAUAUUUGCAAUUUUAUAAAUUGAAAAAUCGUACACAAUUAUUAUUAAUAUUAUUAUGAUUAUUAUUAUUUGCUGUACAUAGAUUUUUCAAAAAAUGUACUGUGAUUAUAUGCCUGCAAUUGAAAUGUGAUGCAUGCCACACUGCUCCUCUACUUGACUUUUCAUGAAAUGUACGUAUGUUUAACAAAAAAUCUCAAAAGAUGUCCAAUAAAUUAAGAUAUGAGA